UAGCUUCAAGAAAUCAUGAUGACUGGGGAGCUGGGAUAAGGAAAACUGAUAUUCAUUCUGCCGAUUGACUUGAACUUCUCCUCUCCCUCAUAUUUUAUCAUAUCUGUACUAAUGACUGUAAUUUUCAAACUCACUUCACAGUGUCACGUGUAAAAUGCCCGCAACUUCAAGCUGGGAUGUGACGAGCCAGCUGCAUCCACUGGCAGAUAUAACUCGACUCCAUCGUCUUCUUUGUCCUCAAUCCUCAGCACGUUUCAAUUUACUUCAAAAUUUCCAACAAUGUCUAACCUCUCGCGAGAUAACCAAGCAUAACCAACCCUCCCUUCUAGCCAAAGUUCAGAGCUUAAAGCUGACCCCAGACGCAUACCUUGACGACCCAUGAUCAAUACCCAAAUACUUACUCACGGUGGCUCGCAUAUACAGCCAUGAAUCUAGACCUCUCCUCUCUUUCCAAUGAAGAUAUAGUUUAUUUCUGCAACACGACCAAAUCUGAAAUAAAUGGGAGUUCGGAAGGUGGACGUCGAAUUAUUAGGUUGUCCAGCGACAUCGUCGUGAAGGCCGGAUGGAGCGUCACGGCAGAAGAGGCAGCAAAUCAAGCAUACGCUUACACACAAACCAGUGCUUGCAAGAACACUGGCCUCACAGUCCCGCAAGUCUACCGAUACUUCCGGACAUCUGGUACUGGGUACCUCGUAAUGGAAUAUGUUCAGGGUAUCUCACUUGAAAAGAUUUCAGUUCACAAUCAACCAGAGCUAUUGCAACGUCUGGCCAUGGCGAUUUGCACACUAUCUUCUCUUGAAACAGGGCAGGAAAUGGUUCCUGGGCCGAGAAAUGGAGGGACGCCUAGAGGUUAUCUCUUUUCUGAGGACGGCGCAGGAACAACUUUCACUUCUGUUAAUGACCUUAACCUCUGGCUCAAUGAGCGCGCUCGUUUGCGUAAGGGAGACCCGAACGGGGAAUUCAGAUUCAAAUAUGGAUCAUCAGCAGACUGCGUCUUUUGUCAUCUUGACCUUGUUCGUCGCAACAUAUUGCUGCUUCCGGAUGGAAAAUUUUGUCUUUUGGAUUGGGAAUAUGCAGGGUUCUACCCGCGAGCAUUUGAAAUUUAUUGCCUUCGGUUUGCAGCACAAUCAGAUUAUGAAUUUUCUCAAGCAUUUUUGAGCAUUUUUGAACAAAUUUACCCUUGGAGCGAAGAUGACAGCGAAAAGAACCGUCAACUCAGAAUGUUGAAUCGCGUCUACAGGAACAACCUAAAGUAUAAUUUGUAAGUUUCCCCGAAGUGGGAACAUAUCAGACAGUGUUGAUUUUGCGAAUAGCUCCAAUCCGACCGAUCAUAACCAGCUACAAGAACAACUUCGACAUUUUAUCGCGAUCCAUCCGAUGCCUGAAAUUAUCACGUCAUAAAAGUUCCUUCUGGGCCCCCUCUUCUUCACGACGUUGAGAUAUUAAAGGAAUUGUCCAAUCUCCAUGGGGUCCGAGAUAGCAAUAAUUUGCUGUGUAUGGGCGCUUCUGUGGUAUCGUUGUUGGAUUAAUGCACCAAAAGCUUCCUUCUCCGCAGGUGUAAUUGGGAUAUAGC